CAGACAGUCGUGGUUUGUACCUGAGAGUGAGCAUGUGUGUAGCAACCUCUCCCGUGGGUGAUCUCUCUCGCCUCCACUCAUACACAUGGUGCUAGAGUGAGACUCUUAACAAGUGUAUGAUAAAGUAGUAGUCUGAGGACAUUUGAGAAUGGAUGUGAUGGGAUCAGUGUGCGUGUUGGUGAUGCUGGUUGUAGCCACCUCUUGCACAACACUGGAUUUACAAACAGCUCUUAAAAUGGCUCAGUGUAGGGCCCACUGUCUUGAUCAGUUGGUCAGUGUGAUGUUGCGGCAGCAGGAUGAUGAUAAUGAUGAUGAUGAUGAUGAUGAUGACGAUGAUGAUGAUGCCUCUUGUCACCACAACAUAAACUGUGUCGGGUGUUGGGAGAGGUGCGCGCUGCUGGCUGCCAACUUCCCGAUCUGGAGCAUCACCUGCCGUCAACCACACAUAUGUGAUGCAGGAUGCAAAGCAGCAUGUGCUUUCCACUCUUCUCACCCUAAGUCAACAGUGCCAUUAAGUCAACACAACUCACGCCUCACCCUGGUCUUCACUGGCUCAUCUGCUCAGUGGACGCUCUCCUGGGGCCAUGACAACCCUGGAGAACAUGUAGUGUUUGCUGUCUUUACCCGAACUCCUGGCAGAUCUUGGGGACUUAAACUUCAGACAGCAGACUUUAGCACUAAUUUAGAAGAUGUACCAAGCGGGUCUGAGUUGAAGCUGGUGGCCGUGGCUGAAUCUGGAAUCCUGUCUGUUAUUAUCACGCCAUACGCUCCACCCGCUCAUUCCAAGAGUAUCAUAAUGCCAGCUCUUGCGUUGUCUCAGUCGCAGGCUUUUAGUGAACACUCUGUGACUAAUGGCAGAGAAGUCAAGGGUGGUUUACAAUGGCUAUUACUACACAAGACUGAAGUGGAAACUUCUGGCUUAGUGGCCGCCCGUGUGUGGUGGGCGCCCCAGCACCCCAGUGGUGAAGACUACUUGGUUACCUGGGAGGUGGAAGGUGGAGGCCUAAAGGGUCACCUCUACACUGACUUGCCUGAGGUUAACCUUACACUGUGGCCCCAGACUGUCUACCACGUACAGGUGGAGCUGAUCACAGGGCCUCGCGGUGAUGCUGUUACCUCGGCACAUCUGACACUUGACACCCAUAACAUCACACUUACCCAUUCCCACACCCACCAGAACAACAUCACACCCACGCUACCUCUCGUUCAUAAAGCAGUGACACCUGCUCAGCUGGAGGUGCUUCUGGGUGUAGGCUUUGGUGUUUUAGCGGUGCUGCUGCUGGUGACACUGCUCUUCUGGAGAUGCAAGCAAGUAACUGGAUUCACGUACAACUCCACUGCCUCCUCUGCCAAGUUGAGGUCUUGGAACCGCACUCUCUCAGACCUCAGAGUAGAUGAGUCUCUGAUCAUAAAGAGCCACAAGCUACCAGAGUCCAAUACUCCCUUGUGCACGCCUGUCUGCCCACCAUACUCACCAGUGCACAACCUACCACCGCCCAUCCACCCUUCUUCCUCCCUGCUGUAUUUAGCAACGCCGACUCAUCCUUCCUCACUACUACUGACCCUGGCGCAUCCCUCUCACGCCCAUGUCAAUCUUUACAGUGAUGUGCCACCCACCUCAGGGCCCAACAAAGUUUCCAUCAUCUAAACACUUCAUAACUGUCAGGACUGUGGUUCCAACAAUGAAACUACCCACCUGUUGAGGGUUCCAGGAUUCAUCAUUCGUGUGGCCAGUUCCCAGAUAGGACCUCUUGGUUGCUGGUCUGAUCAGACAGACUGAUGUAGGAACUCUCAUCUUUUGUUUACUACCAGCAGAGUCUCAUGCAGGAAAGUUUCUUAUUCAUGUAAAGUACUAACCUCAUUUGGGUUAUCAUGCAGGCCAAUAUUUUCACAAGGAACAUUAAGAACUACCCAUUGCAAGUUCUAACGUGGUAGCACUAUAUGCCUAUGGGCUGCUAGAUAUCAAAAUCUUGGUUAACGAGAUAUUCAACAAUUAGGUUUGACCAGAUCUGCCGGUUCCCAG